GUAGAUUCAUGAUAAUCAAGUAUAUAGCUCAUAUCCUCGCUAUGUGAAAGGCAGUUCAACAAAAAUGACCAUAAAAACUUCAUGCAGGAAAAUUGUACAUCGUGACAAUUGAUGUCAGCCGAAAGCGAAAACAAACCCUGGUCUGACAGGCUCCCUCGGGGGCCCGACUUUGACACAGACUUUCGCAUCCCUGAUAAUAAGUUUGCCUUCUCACCGACCGAACUAAAUAAAUUGUUCAACCCGAAGUCCCUUGAUGCAUUCUACGCCCUGGGUGGGCUACGUGGUCUAGAAUAUGGACUCCAGACGGAUCUCACAGAUGGAUUAUCGGUGGAUGAAACGAUCCUAGCCCGGUAUACAACCAUCGAAGAAGCGAAAGAGGUGGCAUACUCACAAACGAAGGCGACCUGUUCGCGCUCAGCACAGUUUUCAAUCCUACCGGCGGGAAGGACUAAGGCUGCGACGCAGUUCGAGGACCGAUAUCGGGUCUUUGGGACGAAUGCUCUUCCCGAUGCCCCGAAGAAGACGUUCUUUGGACUUCUUUGGGACGCGUACAACGAUAAGAUAAUCAUCUUGCUUACCAUUGCCGCGAUUGUGUCGUUGUCCCUGGGUAUAUAUGAAGCAGCAUCCGGGCAGUCGAAAGUGGACUGGGUCGAGGGGGUGGCAGUCUGUGUUGCUAUAGUGAUUGUGGUUGCUGUAACAGCAGGGAACGACUGGCAGAAACAGAAGCAGUUUGGGGAGUUGAAUAAGCGCAAACAUGACCGCGAGGUUAGAGCUAUCCGCUCUGGGAAGACGAUCCAGAUGCGCAUCAGUGAUCUCACUGUUGGCGAUAUUGUGUGCCUGGAGCCUGGGGACACAGCUCCUGCAGACGGAAUUGUCUUGGCGAACUACGAGAUCAAAUGUGAUGAAUCCCUUGCCACGGGCGAGUCCGAUCAGGUCGAGAAGUGUAGUGGGUUCAAAGCGUGGAAUAAUCGUGCAAUCAGCGGAACAGUACAAGAUAUAGAUCCCUUCAUCAUAUCUGGGAGCAAGGUCCUUGAGGGAUUAGGGACGUAUCUGGUCACGAGUGUUGGGCCACAUUCAACAUAUGGCCGAAUUAUGGUCUCGCUAGGGACCGAGACAGAUCCAACGCCAUUGCAGGUAAAGCUUGCACGACUAGCAACUUGGAUUGGAUGGUUUGGAUUCGGGUCCGCCCUGUUGUUAUUUUUUGUCCUCUUUGUCCGUUUUCUAGUACAGAUAUCGACGAAUGAAGAGACCCCGGCUGUUAAGGGACAACACUUCAUGGAUAUCUUAAUUGUUACUGUCACAGUAAUUGUAGUGGCAAUUCCUGAGGGUCUGCCACUUGCGGUGACGCUCGCACUGGCUUUUGCGACUGGCCAGAUGUUGAAAGAGAAUAACCUUGUUCGGCUAUUAAAAGCCUGUGAGACAAUGGGCAAUGCGACAGUGAUUUGCUCUGAUAAAACAGGGACAUUGACGCAGAAUAAAAUGUCUGUCGUUGCAGGAUUUCUCGGCCCCGGCAAGCCAUUCGGUAAAUCACCUUUGACUACAACUGGAUUAUCCGUCUCGAUAUUAGAAACCUUGAAGAAGUUCUCGUCGUCAUUGGAAGAGUUACUGCUUCACAGUCUCGCACUCAAUACAACCGCUUUCGAAGAACAGCAAAGUGAGUGCAAGGAGUUUAUUGGAAACAAGACUGAAGUCGGCCUUCUCCAAUUCGCCUAUCAGAGUCUUGGAUUGAAUUUGUCCGAAGUGCGCACAAACAACCACAUCGAGCACGUGUAUCCAUUUGACUCGGCACGCAAGGCAAUGGCCGUGGUAUAUCUCAGAUCGACAGGAUCGGGAUACCGAUUCCUUGUCAAGGGCGCACCGGAAACUCUUCUGACUGCUUCCUCUUAUAUGGUCGUACCGGGGCCGGAGGGGGAAAGUUUAUCUACAUCUUUGAUCUCCGAAGACGAUCGCCAGCUGAUAAUAGGGACGGUCGACGACUACGCCCAAGCCUCGCUCCGAACAAUCGGUCUAACCUAUAAAGAUUUCCCAGCCUGGCCAUGGGCGUUUCAAGACCAUCAACCCAGGUUCGAGGAGAUAUUCCAUGAUAUGAUAUGGAUCGGAGCAUUUGGCAUUCAGGACCCAUUAAGACCCGAGGUUAUCGGGGCAAUUCAGACCUGUCGUGCUGCAGGAGUCCAAGUCAAAAUGGUUACAGGCGACAACAUACGCACAGCGCUCUCAAUCGCCGAAGCCUGCGGGAUCAAGACGAACGACGGGAUCGCGAUGGAGGGGCCUGAACUGCGGACGCUGAGGGAGGAUGAUCUGGCCACUGUCAUUCCUAAUUUGCAAGUUCUUGGGCGGUCCUCGCCGAAUGACAAGGAGUUUCUGGUAAAACAGCUUAAGCGCCUUGGGGAAAUUGUCGCUGUGACUGGGGACGGAACAAAUGAUGGCCCGGCGCUAAAAGCUGCGGACAUAGGGUUCUCAAUGGGACUCAGUGGGACUGAGGUUGCUAGGGAGGCGAGCUCGAUCAUUCUCCUAGAUGAUAACUUCAGGUCUAUUGUUACAGCGAUUGCGUGGGGAAGGGCUGUGAAUGAUGCAGUGGCGAAGUUUUUACAGUUCCAAAUCACGGUCAACAUUACCGCCGUCAUUCUCACGGUUGUGACGGCAAUCUACAGUAGCAAGAAUGAGAGCGUGUUCAAAGCCGUUCAGCUGCUCUGGCUGAAUCUUAUCAUGGAUACGUUUGCUGCACUGGCUCUGGCAACCGAUCCUCCGACAUCCGACAUGCUCAAACGAGCCCCAACUCCCCGCAGUGCGCCCCUCUUCAGUGUGAUAAUGUGGAAGAUGAUCCUCGGCCAGUCAAUUUACAAACUUGCCACCUGUUUUAUGCUCUACUUCGCCGGUCACUCUCUCUUCAACUUUAAUACAUCGGACGAAGUAGAGAUGCUCGAGCUGAACACCAUUAUCUUCAACACCUUUGUUUGGAUGCAAAUCUUCAACGAGCUCAACUGUCGACGACUGGACAACAAAUUCAACGUAUUCGAGGGCAUACAAAAGAACAAAUGGUUCUUUGUGAUCAAUUUUCUCAUGGUUGGUGGCCAGAUACUGAUUAUUUUUGUCGGCGGCAAGGCAUUUGGUGUGACUAGGCUUUCUGGCUGGCAGUGGGGGGUUUGUCUUGGGUUUGCGGUGUUUUGUAUUCCUUGGACGGCGGUAUUGAAGCUCGCCCCGGAUGCUUCUGUGGAGUGGUUGUUGAAAAUGUGUGCCAAAGCGUUUGAAUUUGUAUUCUCAUCGGUCGCCAAGGCGUAUGAAUGGGUUGUAGCGGGGAUAGCAAGGUGUUUUAAUGCAGCUGGGGUGUUGUCAAGAAUGGGGCGGAGAGUUGCAGAUGAAGAGUCGGGAUAUCCUUGCUCGUAACUGCUAGGAAGAAGCUUGAACCUGUACAAUAGAGGAGUCAAUCCCGCCAAUUAUGCCUCCCACCUGAUCUCGCACAGAGGCAAUGUCACUGCUUUUAGCUUGAGAGGGCGCUUCUGAAUGUAUACUAAUGAAUAACUCCCAAUAUGGAGGUAUACUGCUGGAUCUACCUGAGAUAGAGGAAGUAUAGAAC